UGAUUUUCUUAGAAAAUAUGUGUGAUGCACUUGACAUCAGUGACUGAUAAACUAUCAUUUAGGGGUGGAUUCACAUCCAGACACGUUCAUUCUCUUGGCAGAUACAAAAGGAGGAGGUCAACAGAUCAGGGGGCUGUACCUACAGCAAUGGAGAAUCCACAGAGGUGCACAGAUAAUGGGCAGAAAAUAUCAUUUGGACAUUUUUACUCUCGUUAUGAAAUAUUUGGGCGAGAUGGAUGUAACCGACGGGCUAUUCUGUGCCUGGGACUGCUGAACGUUACUCUGCUGAUAGUUGCUGUUGUUCUUGGCAUUAAAUGUGCCAAAGUCAAAGACGGUUCCCUCCAGGUUCCUCACUCAGCUGCAACACAGCUCAUCAAUGAGCUGAGCUAUCUCCGUAGCAACCACAGUGAUGUGAUUGAGGCCGAAGAGGAGGCCACAAAGGCUUUAGAGAGGGCGCUCAAAAACCAUGCACAGCUAAAGGUGAAAAUUGAGCAGCAGAGGACCAUCAAUGACGGUUAUCAGAAGCAGAUUGAGGCACUGCGAGCAGAGAAGACAAAUCUGCAAUCUAAUAUAUCAGCUUUGGAGGGAAGCUGUGGCAGAUGCCUCCCUGGAUGGACUCUUCACAACUCAACCUGCUAUUUCUUUUCUUACUCUCGCACCUCUACUGUGAAAAAGAACUGGCCAGACAGCAGAGCAGACUGUGUUAGACGUGGAGCUGACCUGGUUGUGAUCGAUAACCCGGAGGAGCAGAAAUUUGUGAGUAACACCAUCGAAAAUAAAAAAACCUCUUCCAAUUUUUGGCAAAACGGAUUCUGGAUCGGUGUCACUGACAUAGUGGCAGAGGGAACGUGGGUCUGGAUUAAUAAUGUCACUGAGGUGGAGCAAAGGUACUGGAUGGAUGGAGAACCAAACAACCUAGGACAACAUGGAGAGCACUGUGGGGUUGUAGUUUAUAGCUCCACUAAUCCCUGGAAAACCUGGUUUGAUGCAAACUGCAACACAGAUAAACAAUCCUGGAUGUGUGAAAUGCCAUCAAGUUAACUCUGUAUACACUUCUACUGCUCAAACAGAAAACAUGAGCAUAUGUUUGAAACUGUCUUGAAUAAAAAUACCUUUGAGAUGUGUGA